AUGCUGGAAGCGGCGGCGCGGCUUGCCGCCGAUUUCGACGUGUAUGCGGAACUCUGUCUCGAAGAAUACAUGGCCUGCGCGGUGGGCGGCUGCGCGGGGUGUACGGUCGAAGCCCAUACGCCCGACGGCGUGGCCAUGAAGCGGGGGCCAGGCGUGCGUCCACUGUUCAUCGGCCUGAUUUCCGGCACCAGCAUGGAUGGUGUCGACGCCGCGCUGAUGGAUUGCUCAAGCACUGAACCGCUGCUGGUCGCUACGAACCGCGCUUCGUAUCCGAACGACCUUGCCGGCAGACUACGUGCCGCGGCGCAAAGCCAGGGAGAGUGUGCGCUGCGGGAGGUCGCCGCACUGGAUGCCGCGGUGGCGAGCUGUUUUGCCGAAGCGGCGCUGGCGUUAUUGCGCAACGCCGGACGCAGCCCGGAGCAGGUCGAGGCGAUCGGCAGCCACGGCCAGACCUUGUGGCACGCACCCGAAGGCCUUCCCCCGCACACGGUGCAGGUCGGCUCGCCUGCGCGUAUUGCGGCGUUUGUCCGUGCAUGA